AUGCCUUCCGUUCCCAAUUCUGAUGAGCUGAUUUUUUUUGUGAAUGGAAGAAAGGUAAUAGAAAAGAAUGCUGACCCUGAAGUAAGGCUACUGUUCUACCUGAGGAAAUGCCUUCGUCUCACAGGCACUAAGUAUGGGUGUGGAGGAGGCGGCUGUGGUGCCUGCACAGUCAUGGUGUCAAGAUACAACCCCAAGACCAAGAAGAUCCACCAUUAUCCAGCGACAGCGUGCCUGGUGCCCAUCUGCUCUCUGCACGGGGCUGCUGUCACCACGGUGGAAGGUAUAGGAAGCAUCCAAACCAGGAUUCACCCUGUGCAGGAAAGACUCGCCAAGUGUCACGGCACGCAGUGUGGAUUCUGCAGCCCAGGCAUGGUGAUGUCCAUCUACACGCUGCUCAGGAACCACCCGGAACCAACCCCGGAGCAGAUAACCGAAGCUAUCGGAGGUAAUUUGUGCCGCUGUACGGGAUACCGACCAAUUGUAGAAAGUGGGAAAACUUUCUGUGCGGAAUCAACUGUUUGUCAAAUGAAAGGAUCUGGAAAAUGUUGCAUGGAUCAAGAAGAGAGGUCUUCUGUGAAUAGGUGGGAAAAAAUGUGUACCAAACUGUAUAAUGAAGACGAAUUCCAGCCUUUGGAUCCAUCCCAGGAGCCUAUAUUCCCUCCGGAACUGAUAAGAAUGGCAGAAGAUCCAAACAAGAAAAGGCUGACAUUCCAAGGGAAAAAGAUGACCUGGAUCACUCCUGUGACCCUCAACGACCUUCUGGAGUUGAAAGUUAAUUUCCCUAAGGCCCCACUUGUCAUGGGGAAUACUACAUUGGGACCCAAUUUUACAUUCAGAGAUGAAUUCCAUCCAGUUUUGAUAUCUCCACUUGGGCUUCCAGAACUCCAUUUUGAGAAAACCACAGAUGAUGGCGUGACAAUAGGUGCAGGAUACAGCCUGGCCCAGUUGAAUGAUGCCUUACAUUUUAUUGUUUCGGAUCAACCGAAGGAGAAGACUAAGACUUUUCGUGCUCUUCUGAAGCAUCUGAGGACACUUGCAGGAGCCCAGAUUAGGAAUUUGGCCACGUUAGGAGGACAUGUGGUGAGCCGGCCUGAUUUUUCUGACCUGAAUCCCAUAUUAGCAGCAGGAAAUGCGAUCAUCAAUCUUACAUUCAAAGAAGGAGAACGGCAGAUUCCCUUAAAUGGCCCUUUCCUUGAGAGAGCACCCGAGGCUGACCUGAAGUCAGAAGAGAUCGUGUCAUCUGUUUAUAUUCCCUACUCUACACAGUGGCAUUUUGUGUCAGGACUCCGGCUGGCCCAGCGUCAGGAGAACGCCUUUGCCAUUGUCAAUGCCGGGAUGAGUGUGAAGUUUGAAGACGGCACAAACACGAUCAAGGACCUCCAAAUGUUCUACGGGAGUGUGGGCCCCACCGUCGUCUCUGCAAGCCGGACCUGCAGGCAGCUCAUUGGGAGGCAAUGGGAUGACCAGAUGCUGAGUGAUGCUUGCCGAUUGGUUCUGGAAGAGAUUUACAUUCCCCCAACAGCUGAGGGUGGCAUGGUAGAAUAUCGGCGAGCCCUCAUCAUCAGCUUGCUCUUUAAAUUCUACCUCAAAGUGCGGCGAGGGCUGAAUAAAAUGGAUCCCCAGAAGUUUCCUGAUAUCCCAGAAAAGUUCAUGAGUGCUCUAAAUGAUUUCCCCAUUGAAACACCACAGGGACUUCAGAUGUUCCAGUGUGUGGAUCCUUACCAACCCCCCCAAGAUCCAGUCGGACACCCAGUUAUGCAUCAAUCAGCCAUUAAACAUACCACAGGGGAAGCUGUGUAUUGUGAUGACAUUCCCCCCGUCGAUCAAGAACUCUUCCUGGCUGUAGUCACCAGCUCCAGGGCUCAUGCCAAGAUCAUAUCAAUUGAUGCCUCAGAAGCCCUGGCCUUUCCAGGUGUGGUCGAUGUGAUAACAGCAGAAGACGUUCCAGGAGAUAAUAACUACAAAGGAGAGGUUUUCUACGCACAGAAUGAGGUAAUUUGUGUGGGUCAGAUUGUCUGCACCGUGGCUGCUCAUACUUAUGCUCAAGCAAGAGAGGCAGCUAAAAGAGUGAAGAUCGCCUAUGAAGACAUAGAACCGAGGAUUAUCACAAUAGAGCAAGCCCUAGAGCACAAUUCUUUUCUUUCUGUUGAGAAAAAAAUCGAGCAAGGAGAUGUAGAUCAUGCCUUUAAAUAUGUUGACCAAAUCAUUGAAGGUGAAGUUCAUGUGGAAGGACAGGAACAUUUUUACAUGGAAACACAAACAAUCCUGGCUAUCCCAAAAGAAGAAGAUAAAGAAAUGGUCUUACACCUUGGGACACAGUUUCCAACCCAUGUGCAGGAAUACACAGCUGCAGCACUAAACAUCCCCAGGAACAGAGUCGCCUGCCACAUGAGAAGAGCCGGCGGAGCAUUUGGGGGCAAAGUGACCAAGCCUGCUCUGCUAGGAGCUAUCAGUGCUGUGGCUGCCAACAAGACUGGCCACCCAAUCCGGUUUGUCCUAGAGCGUGGUGAUGACAUGCUGAUAACAGCUGGACGCCACCCACUCCUCGGAAAAUACAAAGUUGGAUUUAUGAACAACGGUGUGAUCAAAGCUGCUGACGUUGAGUACUAUGUCAAUGGUGGAUGCACUCCUGAUGAGUCUGAAAUGGUGGUGGAGUUCAUUGUGCUGAAAUCUGAAAAUGCAUAUCAUAUUCCUAAUUUCCGGUGCCGAGGUAGACCUUGCAAAACAAAUUUGCCAUCCAACACUGCCUUCCGAGGGUUUGGCUUCCCUCAGAGUACAGUGGUAGUCGAGACCUACAUAACGGCUGUGGCAUCUCAGUGUAACUUGCUCCCUGAAGAGGUUAAAGAAAUAAACAUGUAUAAGAGAAUUAACAAAACAGCCUAUAAACAGACCUUUAAUCCAGAGCCCUUGAGGAGAUGCUGGAAAGAAUGUCUGGAGAAAUCUUCAUUUUAUGCCAGGAAAGCGGCUGCAGAGGAAUUUAACAAAAAGAAUUACUGGAAGAAAAGAGGGCUUGCUGUCAUCCCCAUGAAAUAUACCAUUGGGAUCCCCCAGGCCUACUAUAACCAGGCAGCUGCUCUAGUCCACAUCUAUCUAGAUGGUUCUGUCUUGGUGACUCACGGUGGCUGUGAACUAGGACAAGGGCUGCACACCAAAAUGAUUCAGGUGGCCAGUCGAGAACUGAACAUCCCCCAGUCGUACAUACACCUGUCUGAAACGAGCACGGUCACCGUGCCCAAUGCUGUCUUCACGGCGGGGUCAAUGGGGACAGACAUCAAUGGAAAGGCUGUGCAGAAUGCCUGCCAAAUUCUCAUGGCCCGUCUUCAGCCCAUCAUCAGGAAAAACCCUAAAGGAAAAUGGGAGGACUGGGUUGCAAAAGCCUUCGAAGAAUCCAUCAGUCUAUCCACUACUGGAUAUUUCAAAGGCUACCAGACGUACAUGGACUGGGAGAAGGAGGAAGGUAAUCCUUAUCCGUAUUUUGUUUAUGGAGCAGCCUGUUCUGAGGUCGAAGUCGACUGUCUAACUGGGGCUCAUAAGCUCCUUAGGACCGACAUCUUCAUGGAUGCUGCUUUCAGCAUAAACCCAGCCCUGGAUAUUGGACAGAUUGAGGGAGCAUUUAUCCAAGGCAUGGGAUUAUAUACCAUAGAAGAAUUGAAAUACUCCCCAGAGGGUGUACUUUAUUCUCGGAGUCCAGAUGACUACAAAAUCCCCACUGUCACUGAGAUACCAGAAGAGUUCUAUGUCACUCUGGUGCGUUCCAGAAAUCCCAUUGCCAUCUAUUCCUCCAAGGGACUAGGAGAGGCCGGAAUGUUCUUGGGGACCUCCGUGUUUUUUGCCAUAUAUGAUGCAGUGUCUGCUGCCCGCAGAGAGAGGGGACUGACGAAGACCUUCACCUUCAAUAGUCCAGCAACUCCUGAAUUGAUUCGGAUGACUUGUGUGGAUCAGUUUACUGACAUGAUUCCCAGAGAUGACCCUUCGACAUUUACACCUUGGUCCAUCCAUGUGUCUUAA